AAAUACAGUUGAAAAUAGAAAGAAACAAAUCAGAAAUAUUUAAAUGAACAAGUUCUCUUUUACUUGGAAAUUAAUUUCAUAAUAAUUAAUUAACUAUAGAUUAAAUUAGAAACAUAGGAUCCAAAAUUCAACUGAAUCAGAAGCUUUUCGAAGACUCAACAACAUUCAUCUUCAAAGCAGAACUAGAAUCACUUCAAAGGUGAAAACUUCAAUCCUACAACACGAAUCACAUUCACUGUCACAGAUUCUUGCUUUCUAAAUUUAUCUUCAUGGCCAGCGAUGAUACAAAUGAGCCCUUACUAUUGAGAUCACAGGACACUGUGGCUCAAAAGGCUAAAGGACGAUUAAACCAAAGAAGGCUCCUCCGUUCUAGAAGUGCUCCUCACACAGAUCAUGCUCCUUUGGUGAUAAACGACAAAGAAUCGAUUCCCCUUUCUGAAACCAUAUUUGGGAAUCUACAUCCAAGCUUUAAAAAAGUGGCUAUUAUCCUUAUGGUCUAUUUAGGUGUAGGAACUUUAAUCUUCUACCUUGUCAGGAACCAAAUCAAGGGAAUGAAAACAGAAAGAUUCCUUGAUGCCUUAUAUUUUACAAUUGUGACAAUGACCACGGUUGGAUAUGGUGACCUUGUUCCCAAUAGUGACCUUACAAAACUACUGGCUUGCGCUUUUGUUUUCUCUGGAAUGGCGUUGAUGGGACUAAUCCUAAGCAAAGCAGCAGAUUACUUGGUUGAGAAGCAAGAAGUUUUGUUAAUUAAAGCCAUGCACAUGCGCCAAAAAGUUGGUCCAAGUGAAAUUUUAAAGGAGCUUGAGAUCAAUAAAACAAGAUACAAAUUUUUUCUCGUCUUUUUGCUUCUUUUGAUUCUCGUGAUCGUGGGCACAAUCUUCUUAGUCAAUGUAGAGAAAUUGGAAGUUAUUGAUGCCUUUUACUGUGUUUGUUCAACAAUUACAACUCUUGGUUAUGGAGAUAAAAGUUUCUCUACUCAAGCUGGAAGAAUAUUUGCAGUGUUUUGGAUACUAACAGGUACCAUUUGUUUGGCUCAGUUUUUCCUCUACAUGGCUGAACUAAACACCGAAAGCAGACAAAAGGCACUUGUCAAUUGGGUUCUUACAAGGAAAAUGACCAAUUAUGAUUUGGAAGCUGCGGAUCUUGAUGAGGAUGGAACUGUUGGGGCUGCUGAAUUUGUUAUUUAUAAGCUCAAAGAGAUGGGGAAGAUUAGUCAAGAAGAUAUAACACUUGUGAUGAAGGAGUUUGAAGAGCUUGACAUUGAUCAGUCUGGUACACUGUCUGUUUCUGAUAUUACACUUGCUCAAUCGUCUUAAACCAACAUUAUACACGCAAAAUUGUUUGAGUCGUUCUAGUUUUGAAGUAAAAUGACAAAAUGCACAAUGAGGAUGGAAAGUCUGAAAUUUUAAGAAAAGGUGCACAUUUCCAGGACAGUCUCGGAUUCUUGCAAUUUGAUACUCACAGUUUGGAACCUUAUACUCAUGUGUAUAACAAACUAUGAAGUUUUUGAGUUUCCAUGCCUGUUUUUAAAUCAAUAGCCUACACAACUUACUUUACAUGCCAAAUUUGUGGUUAAUUGUUUGUAAAUGGUCUGCAUUGGAUGUAAUAUAAAAAUUACUCGAUACGAAAAAUAUUAAAUUCAUCACUUUUGCUGUUGUUGUUUCAUGAAAUCGAGCUCAAAGUAAGGCUCCUGUGAUUGCCUUUGAUUCUAUUUCAGAAUAUCACGGAGCAAUUUCUUGGUCUAAA